CCAGGUGCUCGUUGCCAGGCAAUAUUAUAGGUGGCGCCGCUGUCAACAUGUGCAUGUGAAAACGAAAGUAGAUUGUUUAUCUAGGAAUUAUUACAACAUUUUACCCUUCUACGUUGAAUUUUUAAAGUUAACAGCACAGUACCAGAUCCCAGACUUGGUCAGCACCAGCAAUAUUACAGGUUUGUCAGUGAGAGUCCAAACCAAGAAUGCCAUUGUCAACCACACCAUUAGAUCUGUUAAGGGCAGGAGUAGGCCUGUCCCAGGUAAAACGACCCUGGUAUUUUUACACUGCUUGUUGGUCUGUCAAUGCCCAGAUAUUGAACUAAAUCCUGGACCCAGUACUUCCAAAUCGCAAUACUUAUGUGGUCACUGUGAAGAGGAAGUCACUUGGACCCAGAAGGGCAUUCUGUGCGACACCUGUGAACAGUGGUACCACACAGACUGUCAAGGUAUCGGAGACAGCACGUAUGAUCGUCUUUCUGACUCAAGGUUUGCCUGGCACUGUCAAUACUGUGGACAGGCGAACUAUUCCUACUCCCUAAUUGAAUCCCUUGACUCCCUUAAUGAUAGUAACAAAUACUCCCAAUUAGAUUAUAGUUCUACCAUUUUAGAUGCGAGUCACCGACCAGAUCGGUCAGUUAGGUCACUCUCAGAUACCCCAAAUUUCAAACCCUCCCCAAAAGAUACUUCUACUCCCAAAACAAAGGUCAAAAAACCCUCCAAAGUCAAACAUGACAAAAGCGAGAGGAUAACCAUUCUUAAUAUUAACUGUAGGUCCAUAAAAAAUAAAAUCCCAGAUCUCCAUCAAUUAAUACAACAGGUCAAACCAGAUAUCAUCUCUUGUACGGAAACCUGGUUGAAACCAGAUAUCCAAACCUCUGAAAUCUUCCCAAGGACCUAA